AUGAUAGUGAAUGCCAACGACUCAACACUCCACCUACCGCGAAUCCUCUGUCUACACGGCGGCGGCACCAACGCCCGCAUCUUUCGCAUGCAAUGUCGAGUCCUCGAACGGAUGCUCCGCCCACACUUCCGACUAGUAUUCGCUGAAGCGACCCUCCCAGCACGCCCAGGCCCCGACGUGACGUCUGUAUACAAAGACUACGGGCCAUUCAAGGCAUGGCUGCGCGUACGACCCGAAGACCCAGCCGAGGACGCACACAACAUCGUGAGAAAAAUCGAGGACUCGCUAGCCGCUGCACGACUCGCAGACGACUGUCGAGGCGCGACGGGAGACUGGGUCGGUCUACUUGGUUUCAGUCAGGGAGCUCAUCUCGCCGCCGGCAUCCUUGCUACACAGCAGGAGCUGCGGCGACGGAAUGAAGAUGACGAGGUGUGGCCGGCCUUCCGAUUCGCCGUGCUGUUGGCGGGACGGGGACCACUGAGAUGGCUUCGUCCGGAUCUCCCUAUGCCUCGAGGCUUUGUCGAUGCUGCGCAGUGUACAACUGGUGGUGAACCGUUGGUUGCUGUGGACUUGUUGCAGGAUAACCGCCUACAAACUCCGACUGUUCAUGUUCAUGGGUUGGCGGACCCAGGAUUGGAGUUACAUCGCAGGCUUCUUUACCAAUAUUGCGAUACUCGUAUGGCGGCACUUAUUGAAUGGGGUGGGAAUCAUCGCGUACCGAUUAAGAUUCGAGAUGCGGCUUCCGUAGUUGAGCAGAUACUAUCCGUGGCUCAGCAGACGGGCGUCCUAGAUGGAAGUUUGGUGAGGCUGGAUAUCCUUUACGCUAUACAAGGUUUAUUCGAAGUCACAUAUCACUUGGCUACUUGCCUAGAAACGAGGAUAAUGAUCGUCCCUACACCAGAGAUGACCACAACCCCAGAAAUUGCCAUUGUCGGUGGUGGCAUCGUCGGUCUUGUCCUCGCUGCCGGGCUCACUCGGAGAGGUGUCCAAGUCAAGCUUUAUGAACAAGCGCGCAACUUUCGAGAGAUUGGUGCCGGCAUCGGAUUCACGAAGAACACGGUGGGAUGUAUGGAAAAGAUCAACCCGGCCGUCGUGACGGCUUUGCGCUCGGGUGGCGCUGUCAAUGUUUCGUUAGACCAGCAGGAUCCCAAGUCGUAUCUGCGAUGGAUCGACGGCUACGGUCAGCAACGAGAGGACGAUCCGAUGUACCAAAAGCCGCUGUUGAAGCUUGACGCCGGCGUCAAAGGAUGGGAGACGGUUCGUCGCGAUCAGUUCUUGGAAGAUCUUGUCAAAGUCAUCCCUGAGGGGGUUGUUCAUCUACGGAAGCGACUGGAAACUAUCGACGACAACGAGAACGCGGAAAAGGUCUACCUGAACUUCACUGACGGAACUAGAGCUGAAGCUGACGCUGUCAUCGCAUGCGACGGCAUUAAGUCCAGAGCACGACAGCUCCUACUUGGACAGGACAAUCCUGCCUCUUAUCCCCAGUAUACGCACAAGGUCGCUUACCGCGCGUUAAUCCCUAUGGACAAGGUUGUCGCAGCGAUUGGAGAAUAUAAGACCUUCCGCCAGCAUAUGCAUGUCGGUCCGAAUGCACACCUUAUCCAUUACCCCGUCAACACUAACACAAUAGGAGCCACUGUCGUGGUCUCCGACCCUAACGACUGGCCACAAGACAAGCCUACGACGGCCCGUGCGUCUCGUAAGGAGGUUUCCGAAGCACUGGCAGGCUGGUGUACUCCGGUCCGUAACCUUGUCGAACUGUUCCCGGAAGAGCUAGACCAGUGGGCACUCUUCGAUCUGUUUGAAUAUCCAGUACCCAAGUACAACAAGGGGAGGGUAUGCUUGAUGGGAGAUGCGGCGCAUGCAUCGAGCCCCCACCACGGGGCCGGAGCCUCUUUCGGAAUCGAAGAUGCGCUUUGCAUGUCCACAUUGAUGUCCGAACUUAUCAUGGAUCUCCGGGAGCAUCGCACAUCCAAGGCGACUGCGUUGCGGACUGCAUUCGAGACGUAUGAUAAGAUCCUCGGCGCGUUUGCGACCUCUUCCAACAGCCAGAGUGGGCUAACCCGGAUAAGCGGGGAAAGCAUGAAUUUGGCCACGAACAAGAUAAAGAGCGUUAAUGGUAACGAUGGAGUGAGCGUGGGUUAUGGCACCAACAAGGCGUAA